GUACAUAAAUCACGUGGGAACUCUUCGGUGUUGCUGCUUUGUACAUUUCUCAAACGAGAUUUGAACAUUUAGCGCGUUUCUGUGAACCGGGAACGGGCAUGCGCAGUGGGCAGCGGCAGGCCUAUACGGAUAUAAGGAUUGGCGCCGGCGCCACAGCUGAUGCAUUCAUUCAUUUAUCACCGAGGAGCGUAGCCAUAAAUCCAUCGACACAAUGUCCAGACGCAGUGGUCGCAUCACUUUGCAAGCUAGAGAUUCAAACACACUUGAGCCGAUCGUCAAAGCCCACCUGAAGAAAAGGAAAUCCGAGCCCUCCAAGAAAAAGCUUCAACCUGCUGCCAAGAAACAAAGUUAUGAAAUACAGAAGUGUUGGUCGGAGGACGGAGCGAGUCCGUGCGUCCUCAUCGAAACUCCUCACAAAGAGCUGGAACCUGCAGAUCCGUCCAGCUUCAAGCAGUACAGAUUCCAGAACCUCUUCAUCAAAGCCUCUCCCAUUCCCCGUCUCAACUGGGCGAGCUCUGAUGACGUGUGGAUCAAGAUGCUCAACAAGGAGCUGAAGUACGUGCACAACAAGAGCUACCUGCAGCGGCAUCCCAAGCUGCAGCCCAAGAUGAGAGCCAUCCUGCUGGACUGGCUGCUCGAGGUGUGCGAGGUGUACUCCCUCCACCGGCAGACGGCCUACCUCGCUCAGGACUUCUUCGACCGCUUCAUGCUGACUCAGGAGAACGUGAAUAAAGACUACCUGCAGCUCAUCGGCAUCAGCGCGCUCUUCAUCGCCUCAAAGAUCGAGGAAAUCUACCCUCCUAAGAUCUUAGACUUCGCCUACGUCACAGAUGGAGCCUGCGAUCUGUGGGACAUCCAGCGCACGGAGCUGCACAUACUGAAGGCGUUGAACUGGAGUCUGUGUCCGGAGACGCCCAUCUCCUGGUUGAAGCUGUACGCGCAGGUGGAAGCCCAGAAAGACGGAGAAAACUUCUUGGUGCCGCAGUUCUCCCAGGAAACGUACAUCCAGAUCACACAGCUGUUGGACCUGUGCAUGCUGGAUAUCGACUCUCUGGACUACAGCUACUGUGUUCUUGCAGCAGCUGCCUUCUGCCACUUCUCCACGUUUGACGUCGUUCAUAAAGUCUCAGGUCUGACGUGGGACGGCGUGGCGCCCUGUGUGCGGUGGAUGAGUCCCUUCAUGGACACGCUGCGAUCUCAAGCUGCACCUCAACUCAAGAACUUCCCCAAAGUGAAAUCUGACGCCCGACACAACAUCCAGACACACGUAGCUUAUCUGGACCUGCUGAGAAAGUCUCAGGACCGGCCCGACAGCCUCGACUGUCAGCUGUCGCCCGUCGCCGUGGGAGCGGUCCUGACUCCGCCCAGCAGCACAGAGAAACCAUCCAAUCACUGAGCAGCACGCGGCCAGCGACGCACGCUACCUCUCCGCUCAGUUUGACCUGAAGUGACCUCCCAACGGGACACCCUUGUAGGAAACGGCUUCACGUAGCACGCUUUUAUUUUGACACUAAAUCUGGAACUCAGAUUCUGUCGGACUUUUUUUAUUCAUUUGUUUUUUUUGAUUUUUAGGAAUUAAGUUUGUUCAACUUUUAAACAAAAGAAUUUGCAGGUUGUGUCUGAAGCUGCGUUUGUGUUUAGAGGAAGUGGAUACUUGAGGUGUUUCUCUGGAGGUUCCCUGGUGCUAAACGCUUUCAGACGGCGCUUCAGUCAAAAGGACUCCUUCUACAUCCUCUGAACCGGCAGAUUAUUUAAGUGUUAAUUAUUUUCUCCUAAUUUCCCGUUGGACGUUGUGAACGUGCAGAUUAACGCCUGGAACACGAACACACACACUUUAUCUGCCGUGUGACAUCCUGAAACUAUGAUCUCCCUUUUAAUCUUUAUAGCGACCUGGUUGCACAUUCUUGUUACAUUCCUGGGAAACUUGACUUGAUGGCAGAACUGCGUACGAUGGUGAAACGUUUUUAAGUGCUUGUAUUUAUUGAUGAGCCUUAGUUGGUACAAACUGUCUGUCCAUAUGUAAAAAAACAAAAAAAAAAAGUUUGCAUGAGCUCAGAAAAGCUAUUUAUGUUUGUGCUGCGACGCCUGUUGUUGAAUCAGUUGUGUGUUGUACACGAGCUUCUCAGUGCCUUCAAAAUAAAUACGAACUGUACGGCUACUUACCUUCAGCUGAGCAACACGCGCCUCAACUGUGUGUGUGUAAAUAGAGCGAUUCAGAAAUGUGUAAUUUUCUUUUAUAUUUGAAUGUUUUAAAUAAAUGAAGUGAAAUGAAAGUCCG